AUGCGUCUUUUGAAACGCGAGAAAUCUGGCUGGCUCACAGGCACCUAUACCUUCAGCCUUACGAAGUUUGAUCCCCCGAAUAUUCCAUCGGAGUAUGCCAUUUUUUCGCACAGAUGGGGCCCAGGCGAAGUCACAUACAAGGACAUUGAGGACGGCACUGCCAAGACUAAAGCUGGCUACAAAAAGCUCGACUUCUGUGGGGAGCAAGCCACACGUGAUGGUUUACUAUACUUCUGGAUAGACACUUGUUGCAUCGAUAAGGCAAACAGUACCGAACUUCAAGAAGCCAUCAACUCGAUGUUUAAGUGGUACCAAAACACGAGAAAAUGCUACGUGUACUUACCAGACGUAUCAAUAGAUGAUUGCGCCAGUGGUAUAGCCAUCCAAGACAUGUGGGGACCAGUAUUUCAGAAAAGCGAAUGGUUCACGCGAGGUUGGACGCUCCAAGAGCUGAUUGCUCCCGCCGUGGUUGAGUUUUUCUCCGUGGAGGGUAAGAAGCUGGGUGACAAGAAGUCACUCGAAGGACAGAUUCAUCAGAUCACCGGGAUUCCAGUCGACGCUCUUCGAGGAAAGCCUCCCCCGCAGUUUGACGAGAAGGAGCGACUGUCAUGGACCGUAAGGCGCGAAACGACCAUCGAAGAAGACACUGUGUACUGCCUCCUGGGCGUUUUCAACAUCCACAUGCCCCUCAUCUACGGUGAAGGACGGCAAAAAGCGUUGGCGCGGCUCCAGAGAGAGAUUCGAAUAUCGGCUGACCCUGGAUUAUUCGUCGCAACCGAUGCUCCAUGGAUCGUACCGUUUGAGAGGAAUUCACGCUUUACUGGACGCGAGACGCAGCUCGCCGAACUGGAAGGAAAACUUUUCGCCAAGGACCACACCUCGAAGAUUGCCAUCACAGGACUCGGUGGGGUAGGAAAGACGCAGCUAGUGCUCGAACUUCUCUACCGAACCAAAGAGAGGUAUAAAGGUUGCUCGAUUAUAUGGAUACCAGCAACGACGAUAGAAAGCUUGCAUCAGGGAUACCUCACUGUUGCACAGCAGCUGGACAUCCCCGAGUGUGAAGACGAAAAGGCCGACGUCAAGAAACUUGUACAGGAUCACCUAAGCAAGGAGGAUGUCGGUCCAUGGCUGCUUGUGUUUGACAAUGCCGAUGACAUCGAUAUGUGGAUGGUAGCUACCCGGACACGAGAGCACGAAGAUAUAGAGGUGUCGGUUCGGAAAUCCUCAGGAGGAUCCCGCCGUUUGAUCGACUAUCUCCCUAGAAAUAAGCGCGGAUGCAUCAUCUUCACGACACGUAAUCGGAAAGCGGCAGUUAAGUUAGCGCAACCGAACAUCAUCACAGUGCCCGAAAUGAAGGAGAAGGCGGCGAGAGAGCUACUUCAAAAGUGUUUAGCCAGUCCUGCCCUCGUCGACAAUCUACAGGAUGUAACAGCACUAUUAGCAGAGCUCACUUACCUACCACUAGCAAUCACUCAAGCGGCAGCUUAUAUUACCGAGAACGGGAUUACACUAUCCGAUUAUCUACUACUCCUUGGAGAGAAGGAGGAAGAGACUAUAGACCUCCUCAGCGAGGACUUUGAGGAUUACGGAAGAUAUCGAGACGUGAAGAAUCCUGUGGCCACAACAUGGCUGAUCUCAUUCGAGCAGAUCCGGCGGUCCGAUCCUCUAGCGGCUGAGUACCUGUCAUUCAUCGCAUGUGUCAACCCCAGAGACGUACCGCAGUCUCUCCUUCCGCCAGGACCGUCGCGAAAGAAGGAGAUCGAGGCCAUUGGCACGCUCGCUGCAUAUUCUUUCAUCAGUAGGCGACCUGUGGAGUCUUCACUUGAUCUUCAUCGGCUGGUGCACUUGGCAACAAGAAACUGGCUCCGAAAGGAGGAGAUGCUCGUUCAGUGGACACAGAAAACCAUUAUCCAUCUGGAGGGAGUGUUUCCAGACGAUAACCACAACAACAGGAGCGUCUGGAGAACAUACCUACCACAUGCGCGCCAAGUGAUAGCAUCUGAUCUUGUCAGUGAAGAUGGGGAGCAAAGGAUGGCGCUUAUGUGGAAAUGCGGACAGUGUCUCUACAGCGAUGGAAGAUGGGACGAAGCCGAGGCGUUGUUCACUCAAAUUCUAGCGAGGCAAACGAAGACGCUUGAUGCAGAGAGCCCGUCCACGUUGAACAGCAUAGACUGGCUAGCGUUGACGUACCGGAAUCAAGGCCGGUGGAAGGAGGCCGAGAAACUACAGGUACAGGUGCUAGAGAAUCGUAAGACGAAGCUAGGAGCGGACCAUCUAGACACGUUAACUAGUAUGAACAAUCUUGCCUCGACGUAUAGGGGUCAAGGCCGGUGGAAGGAGGCCGAGCAGCUAGACGUACAAGUGAUGAAGAUAAGUAAGACGAAGCUAGGAGCGGACUAUCCCUUUACGCUAAUCAGUAUGGACAAUCUUGCCUUAACGUAUAUGAAUCAAGGCCGUUGGGAGGAGGCCGAACAACUAGAGGUACAAGUGAUGAAGAUAAGUAAGACGAAGCUAGGAGCGGACCAUCUAGACACGUUAACUAGUAUGAACAAUCUUGCCUCGACGUAUAGGAAUCAAGGCCGUUGGGAGGAGGCCGAACAACUAGAGGUACAGGUAGUAAAGAGUCGUAAGACGAAGCUAGGAGCGGACCAUCCAGAUACGCUGACCACUAUGGCUAACCUAGCCUCGACAUACUGGAAUCAAGGCCGUUGGGAGGAGGCUGAACAACUUCAGGUGCAAGUGAUUGAGACUCUUAAGACGAAGCUAGGAGCGGACCAUCCAGAUACGCUGACCAGUAUGAACAACCUUGCUUUUACGUGGAAAGGCCUAGGUCGAGAUACAGAAGCGAUAGAGCUGAUGAGAGACUGUGUCAAGCGUCAGACUUAUAUCCGAGGCGCUACGCAUCCUCAGUCUCUAUCGUCUACAGUGACGUUGACUAAGUGGGAAGCUGAGCGCUUAGAUAUAAGUAUGGACGUGGAUACGGUAGCAUCUACUACCAAUACUUGA